UAAUCGAAAUAUAAUCAAGGCCAGCUAUUUGGGAUUCCAGAUGUGAUGAGUAUGCUAACAAAUGCAAAAAGGGAAAGGCAUGGGAAGAGGUGUGCGAUAUGUUCGUUGAGAACUUCAAAGCCAUGGAUAGCGUCCAUAAAAAUAAAGCAGCUGCAGAUCUGCAACGGAAAUGGAAGAAUCUACGUGACUGUUUCAGAAGAGAACUGGCUAAACAGAGGAAUUGUAAAUCAGGUUCUGCAGCAGAUGGCAGGAAACAAUAUAUAUAUUUCCAGCAGUUAACUUUCCUAUUGCCAGUAUGCGACACCAAACCUACAACAGAAGAAUCUCCAGACUUGCACACGCAAGCCACACCCGCAGCAGCUACAUCUACGGCACCUACUUCUCUUAAAAGAAAAAAACCGUCACCAGAAACAGAAGAACUUGAGCUACUUCAGUCGCUUAGAAGAAAUAUGGAAAAACGACAUGCAGGUAGAGAAGAAGAAGACAGUGACAGGCAUUUCUUGUUGAGUCUUUUGCCGUACUUCAAACGUCUGCCAGACGAUAUGAAACUUGAAGUUCAAAGCGACUUUUUAAACACCUUAAGAAGGUACAAUCAGGUGUCAAUUUCUGGUCAUCGAUGUCCUUCUCAGACUUCUGUCUACCCUCAUUCUUCUCCAUCAGUGAUCACAGGCCCAUCAUUUGUUUCGCUUCCAUACCCUAGUAGUAAUACAAGUACCUCUGGAGUACGCAACCAACAAUUUACACCCACCAUCAGUCAGUCUUACAACUACGGGUCUCAUUCAACUUCAGAAACAUCGCAGUUAAUGAGUCAACCCCAGCAGCCGCUGCAAUGCCACGCCUUAUCACCAAUGUCACCAGCAGCUUCCUCAUCAGUAUCUCUCCAGUCUGAUACGUCAAGUAUUUGUGAAGACUAUUUUAACUGAUACCUAAUAAAUUAUAAGACAUGUGACCUUCAUGGAAAGAGCAGUUUCAGUGAAUAACAAAUAAAUAUGUUAUCUAACAAUUUUCUUCUAAAUUUAUGAAAGAAUUUAUUUUCGUGUGCAAAACGAUAAACAUUUAUGUGUUGGAUCUUUGAGACAAUAUCGUGUCACGUAAUAAUAAAUGUUACUUAUUUGGGGUAUGUUCAGAAAAUGUUUUUUUUUAAUAAUAUGAUAAUAAAUGCUUCAACUAUACCCUUAAAAUACAUGUAACUGUCUAAUUAAAUUAUAAUUUCAGCCGUAGCCAAACACAUUUCACUCCUGUGUUCCUUGUACAACUAUGAAAUGAACUAUUUGUCUGCUUAUACAAGUGUACCCACCUUAAUGUAAUUGCAAGUCUCUCUUCAGCAGGGAUACUUCUUCUCAUACUUGUGUCAACUUUUUCAAUGUGAAUUUUCAGUACAUCCAGAAGAUCCGAGAAAGUACUCCGAGACAUUCUGAAAUAGUUAAAAUAUUUCGAAUUGUCUUCUUUUAGCUCACUCAUAAUCGUAUAAAACUGGCCCCUUGCUAAGCGGUCUGCAGUUAUUGGGUGCAUCCAUAGUACACGUUGCCUGCGACGACGCCGGCGCCGACGGCAACGACGCCUUAGGACAAUGCCAAGAACUGUUUCUUCGUCGGUGUCCAUAUUCACAGUGAAGAGUGUGUCGCGUGAACCUGGCACACGAGCGUCUCGGUCGCGCGGCUGAGUCGCUCU